CUUAGGAGAUUUACGGGUUUUUUAUGACUCCGAAAUGAGUCGUUAAACGAGCUGACUCCUAAUAACGACUCAUUCACUCUGAGUAGAUUCACUAAAAAGAGUUGUUAUUCUCAUCUCUAGUGGGAGUGUGGGAGUAAGAAAAUUUGUAUUAUUUAUGGUGAAAAUAAGUCUAGCAUGCCAGAAAUGGCCGGCAUGACCUUCAGUGGUUGUUAAGCCAAGAAGAAUUGUAGUUGCUUUCCCAAACUUUCCUAAACACUAAGUAUUUUCUCUCGAUCAAUAAGGUAAGGUAAAGUAAGACUCAUCUGAAAUCAAACUAUUGAUGGAUCAGACGCGAUGCACUGUUAAACUCCAUGUUGCAUAUGGGCGCCGAAAGGUAUGCAACUCACAUAUUUUCAGCACUAAAGCUUACCAGAAACUAUAGAACAAGUCGUUGUCUAACUAACUUAAAUUAUGGUUUUUACCUAACAUAAAACUUUCAACAUGUUCAUGUCCUUUAAACAUUUUUCAUGCAAGAAAUCCUCCACCAAGCACCUUUCAUCCCCGAUCCCCGGUAUCCUUUAGCUACAGAGAAUCCUAUGCAUACAUGACGAAUGUGUUCCCAUGAUUACCGUGUUUCCGUGCUUUAAUUGUCCUUCGGAACCGUUUACAAAGCGGACCAACGCGCAACAAACACGGACCUGGGUGGGUUUAAAAGCGUAAACCAUUACGUGAGUCCUUACCAGUCGGCACCAAGUAUUCCUGCGAACAGGACGUACACAUCCUAUCUUUCCUACACGUGGUGUGAUAUUCUGUGGUUUAGAACAAAGGAACACGAGGAUGGCUCCACUGAUUCUGUACCAUUUUCCCGGAUCUCCGCCAUCGCGAUCGGCUCUGCUUGCUGUACGAAAUUUAGAUCUCGAUGCCGAGGUAAAAAUAGUGAACCUUUUCGCCGGCGAACAUUUGGCGGAAGAAUUUAUCGCAAUCAAUCCCGAACACACGGUACCGACGCUCGUUGACGAGGAUUACAUUCUGUGGGAGUCGAAAGCGAUCAUAACGUAUCUGGCGGAGCAGUACAAACCGGGCUGCUCGCUUUACCCGAACGAACCGAAAAAGCGUGGCCUAAUCAACCAUCGGCUGUACUUCGAUUCGGGCACUUUGUUUGUGGCGCUACGGGACGUGAUAAUGGCGGUGCUGCGAUCGGGUGCAACCGUUAUCGCACAGGACAAGAAGGACAACGUGCAUAAGGCGCUGGACAAGCUGGAAACGUAUCUGGAUGGGUGUGAUUGGCUAGCAGGCGACGAAUGCACCCUGGCUGAUCUGUGCGCACUGGCUAAUGUGGCCACGCUAAAGCAUGUGGGCGUUACGUUUGAUGCUUACCCGAACGUUAGUGGAUGGUACGAGCGUUGCCAGGAGUUGCCCGGUUUCGAUGAGAAUGACGAAGGCGCCAGCUUCUUAGGGAACGCCAUCAAGUCGAAGCUUGAGGAAGCAUUCUAGGAUGGUUACACAGCAAACAAUGAACAACUAUGCGCACCUAAAGCUGUGUUACACGAUCCGGCAGUGCACUACUUUCUAACGCACACUGUUGAUCAACUAUCUAAAUAAUACAACACAAUAAAGCAGCACUUCAAUUGCACUGAAA